UGGCUGCCAUGAUUGGCGGUUCCAACGACGAGAGACAGGGUUCUCGACGCCGCACGUCCCCCGGCCUAUAAGUGCAAAACUGCAACGUAGCCUGUGGCCAUCGACACAAAACACUGAGUGUUCAUAGGUUCCUGACGUAUCUGAGUUGCAUUCGAGCGUGUAGGUUGUUUCUUUGAGUUGGAGAAGGUAGACGAUGGGAAGGGGAAGCGAGACAGUGCCGAACGCCCGUCGAGCUGCGCUGUUCUUGAUCGUCUGCUUGGCGGCUCGAGCGGCUUCGGCAAUCCAGGAUGGCCUGCUGCCGAACGGCAACUUCGAGGAGGCGCCACCCAAGUCGCAGCUCAAAGGCUCGAGGGUGAUGGGGCGCAACGCGAUACCGCACUGGGAGAUCUCGGGGUUCGUGGAGUACAUCGGAUCCGGGCAGAAGCAGGGUGACAUGCUCCUGCCGGUGCCGGAGGGCGCCUACGCCGUGCGGCUCGGGAACGAGGCCUCCAUCCAGCAGCGUCUCGCCCUGACGCAGGGCGCGCACUACUCCAUCACCUUCAGCGCGGCGCGCACCUGCGCCCAGGCCGAGCAGCUCAACGUCACGGUCGCCCCCGAGUCGGACAUUCUCCCUAUCCAGACGGUGUACACCAGCAGCGGCUGGGACUCCUACUCCUGGGCCUUCAAGGCCACGAGCAGCGUCGUCUCGCUGAUCAUCCACAACCCCGGUGUCGCCGAGGACGCAGCCUGCGGCCCCCUCAUCGACUUGUUCGCCAUUAAGACCCUGCCGACGCCUCAGAGCAGCAAGAAUAAUCUGCUGAAGAAUGGGGACUUCGAGGAGGGCCCGUACAUCUUCCCCAACACGCGGUGGGGGGUGCUGGUGCCGCCCAUGGACGAGGACGACUACUCGCCGCUGUCGCCGUGGAUGAUCCUGUCGUCCACCAAGUCGGUGAAGUACGUGGACGCGCCGCACCACGUCGUGCCGCACGGUGCCCGCGCCGUGGAGCUGGUGUCCGGCAUGGAGACAGCGCUGGUGCAGAACGCGACCACCGUUCCCGGACUGCCCUACAGGCUUCAGUUCUCGGCCGGGGACGCCGGCAACGGCUGCGUGGGCUCCAUGGCUGUCCAGGCGUACGCCGGGGGCAAGAGCGUGAAGGCGCAGUUCCAGUCCCAGGGCAAAGGCGGCCACAAGCGCGGCGUGCUGGACUUCACGGCGACCGCGGACCAGACGCGGGUGGUGUUCGUCAGCAUGGGCUACAUCAUGAAGCCCGACGGCACGCUCUGUGGACCGGUCGUCGACGACGUCUCGCUAGUCUGCACGCGGAACCAUCCUGCUCGCCGCUUGCUUCUGUGAAACUACUGGACAUGAUUCAUUCAUAGGUUAAUGUGAAUGACUGUGAGUGUGCUCGAACUCGAAUGCUCGGGCUUCAUUAACCAAAUCUUGGUAGAUUCCACGGUCAUCAUAUAUGUACUUGCAUCUCUGUUUUAUUUUUCUUAGCCAAAUGUACUUAUGCUUCGACCCCACUUCCAUUGUUGUGCACUCAAUUUCAAUCUAGUAGUGAAGGAUUUGACUGAUGUGA